UACUGCAGUUCCGGCAACAAUUGCCGCCGCGAGUCAGACUGUCAAGCGAGAAAAACAUGUCGCUGUGUUUUUAAUACAAAGAAUUUCUCAUUUUAUUUUCAUCUAACUGAGUUUUUGCAAUGGCACCGGUGUCCUGUGUGUUACGGACUUGUGGGAUAUUAUUAUAUUUGAUAUUACAAGUGCACGCAACGAGGAAUUUAACUGUAGAACCAUGGAUAGUGUCUUUAAAAGUGGAAGCAAAAUCAUGUGUAGAUGUCCGGUGUAAAUAUUUGUUAUUAGUGAACGGCACGGAGUUUUUAGGGCAUUAUUCAUGGAAAUUAACGUCUACAGCAGCAGCUAGGGGUAGUUAUUGUGAUAAUAUAUACUCAGAUUAUGAAAUAAAUGAGGUGAAAACUACGGAAUUUUUUACGCGAGUUCGUUUGGCAUUGCCGAAUUAUGUGGAUAAAAUCUUCUUCUGUUUACGACAUAGUGUUAAAGAAUACACCCCUGUCGGUGGUACAUGGGUCCACCAAGGUGCUGAUUUAUUUUUGGAACCCAAGACGGAUGCCAGUGACGCCGACAAUUCGAAUAAAAUGUUAGAGACUGAAAUCCAGCAACAAGUCCAAUCUCGCGGUGAUCUCCAAGAGAGCAGCACAGAUUGGGCCGACCUGUCGCACGACACCGAUGUCAAUUAUCUACCGAAUCCCCCUAGACUAACUAGAGAAGAAGAAAACGAUAUAGAAAUGUAUAUUAAUGAUAAAUAUGUACCAAUUAGCAAUAUAAAAGAUGUAUAUAGCGCGGAAGUACUAAAUUACAAUCAUGAUACAAAUGAAAUACAAGAUGUAGAAAGUAUGGAUAGAAAGAAACGGGAAACAAUUAAAAAUGUUAAUUUUGAAAACCCCAAUGAUUUUAAGAGUAAAAUUAGAAAAAACAAUUUAGUAGAUACAAAUAAUGCAGAAAAUUUAAACUAUAGCAUUAAAAAAAACGCAGUACAAGAUAAAUCGCAUGAUGAAAACCAGUCAGAAUCAACUUAUGGCAUAUUUACAAAUGGCAAUAAUAUAAAUGAAAAUUAUAAUAUUUAUGAUGGAGUACAUCAUAUGUUAAACAUUGUAGACAAUACAGUAAUUAGAAAAAAACGAGAAAUAAUAAAAGAUAUUAAUGAUCUAAAAGGUGAUGAUAAAUCAAUUGAUGUGAUACCAAAAGAUGAUAAAAAUGAUGAAAGUAAAAAACCAAUUAUAGCACAUGCCCAAAUAAGUGAUUUAGGUGAUUUGGGGGAUUCCCCUCGAGUGCGAGCUAGUUGGGGACCGGUUGCAAUAGAAGGUCUGAGGGUCGAGGAUUCGGAUAAAGAGACGAGCAUCAUUGAAGAUGGGAUCCCUGAUGUAUUCGCUGACACUAAAGUUGUACUCAGGUUGUUCGGCGAGGGCCUGACGCCCCGGACGGUGAUAACGUUCUCCCACGACGUGCUGCCGCCCGGACAACCCUGCAAGUUCAUGCUCAAAGCAGAAUAUAUGGCAAAAGAAGGGUCAGUAACCGCCACAUCAGCUCUAUUCGAAAUAAUCGCUCCACCACCAUUAACUGACAACAAAUUCUACAUAUGCGCAAAGAAUCUAAAACCUGGUGUCGACGCACCAGAGAACGACCAAGGCGAAUACCUCCACCAAGGCACAGAACACUGGAAGAUGUUCGCAACACACAAGAAAAUGUUGCCUUUAUGGGCGUCUCUGAUAUUGAUAUUGAUUUGUCUGUCGUUUUCCGCGUUGUUCUCUGGUUUGAACCUGGGACUGAUGUCUUUGGAUAGGACGGAGUUGAAGAUCAUAUCGAACACUGGUACGGAGCAAGAGAGGAACUACGCUAGGGCGAUCAUGCCUGUGCGUGAUCAUGGGAACUAUUUGCUGUGUAGUAUUUUACUCGGCAACGUGGCGGUGAACUCAACGUUCACGAUUCUCCUGGAUGAUCUGACGUCCGGCCUGUUCGCGGUGAUAUUCUCCACGCUGGCCAUCGUGCUGCUGGGCGAGAUCACCCCGCAGGCGAUCUGCUCGCGCCACGGGCUCAUGGUGGGCGCCAAGAGCAUCAUGAUCACGAAGGCAGUGAUGGCUCUGACGGCGCCGCUGGCGUUCCCGGUGAGCAAGCUCCUGGACUACUUCCUGGGGGAGGAGAUCGGCAGCGUGUACAACAGGGAGCGGCUCAAGGAGUUGGUCAAGGUGACGACAGACGUGAACGAUCUAGACAAGGACGAGGUGAACAUCAUCUCCGGAGCCCUGGAGCUGCGCAAGAAGACCGUCUCGGACGUGAUGACCAAGCUGGAGGACGUGUUCAUGUUGCCCAUCACCUCCGUGCUCGACUUCGAGACCAUGUCGGAGAUCGUCAAGUCCGGCUACUCCCGCAUCCCGGUUCAUGAAGGCGGGCGCACCAACAUCGUCACGGUGCUCUUCAUCAAGGACCUGGCGUUCGUGGACCCGGACGACAACACGCCGCUGCGCACCCUGUGCCAGUACUACCAGAACCCCUGCAACUUCGUCUUCGAGGACGUCACGUUGGACGUCAUGUUCAAGCAGUUCAAGGAAGGUCACAAAGGUCACAUGGCGUUUGUGCACCGCAUCAACAAUGAGGGCGAGGGAGACCCCUUCUACGAGACCAUCGGCCUCGUCACCCUGGAGGACGUCAUCGAGGAGAUGAUCCAGGCUGAGAUCAUCGACGAGACAGACGUGUUCAUGGACAACAGAUCGAAACGUCGCCGCAACCGUCCCCAGCACAAGCUGCAAGACUUCGCCGCGUUCGCCGAGCGCCACGAGAACCAGCGCAUCCACAUCUCGCCCCAGCUCACGCUCGCCACCUUCCAGUUCCUUAGCACAAGCGUGGACGCGUUCAAGCCGGACACGGUGUCGGAGACGGUGCUGCGGCGGCUGCUGCGCCAGGACGUGAUACAGUACAUCAAGCUGAAGGGCAAGGCCAAACGGGAGCCCAGCACCUACGUCUUCCAGCAGGGGAAACCGGUGGACUAUUUCGUGCUAAUACUGGAAGGUCGAGUGGAGGUGACGGUUGGUCGAGAGAACCUGGUCUUCGAAGCCGGACCCUUCACGUACUUCGGCUCGCAGGCUCUCACACAAAACGUUGGUGUCGCGGAGUCCCCGACCCCGUCCGCCAUGGGGUCGCUGCAGAACAUCAACAUGGAAGCAAUGCUGCGUCACACCUUCGUGCCGGACUACUCGGUGCGUGCCGUCACCGACGUGUACUACCUAACUGUUAAACGAUCUCUGUACUUGGCGGCCAAGAGGGCGACGCUGAUGGAGAAGGGCGCCUUGUCGAAGGGCGCCACAAACGAACAGUUCGACACCGAAGUCGAUAAGCUGCUGGAGUCCGUUGACGAGGACAUUAGCAUCAGCGGAGACCACAAAACUCCUUCCAGACAGGUGUCGCCGAACCCGCCAACGUCAGCGUCGCCGCUUACGCGCGCGUCGUUCGCAUCGCGCGCGUCGCCCGAACGCAACGGCGAGCUGUACGCCGCGCGCGCCGACGAGCAGGAGAAGUUGCUCAAGCACUGAGCUAACUAUACGCCGCCCACAAACCACUUAAUCGAUGAUUAGUUAACCCUUGUUUACUUAAACUAUGAUAAGUUAAUGUUCAUUUACCUUAACAAUUAUUAGUUAACGUUUAUUUACUUAACAGUGACUAAUCAUUGUUAAGUGUAAGUUAACACAGUUGCACUAAUGGAACUGUGCUAACUUAAACAAUGAUUAGACAAACUUUGUUCACUUAAACACUGUUUACUGAACGUUAAGUUGCUCAAGCACUUAAUCGAUGAUUAGUUAACAUUCAUUUACUUAAACAAUAAUCAGUUCAAGUUUUUUUACGUCAACAAUGUUUACUGAAUGAAGAGCUAGCACGGAAGCCACUUAAUUAUCGAUUAGAUAACGUUGAUUAUACUUAACAAUCAUUUAUGGAACGAGCAGAUUUUCAAAAACUGAGCGAACGAUUUAUCGAGAUAAUCGACGAAUCACUUAAACAAUGAUUAGUUCAAUUUCUCAACGAGUAAGAGAAGAUGCAUGAACAAGCAAUACGCCAAGAUACCACGCAUACCACUUAAUCAUUGGUUAACUGAAACAUUGAUUAUUUUAUAUUUUAUAAAAUGAGCAUUGUUUAAUUAAGUAGAGGUGGAUUGAAUAUUGUUUACAUUACAAGCAAUAAUGAGUAAAAAUUGUUAACAUUGAUUAGUUAAUCAAUGGUUAUUUAAACACCGAUUACUUAAACAAUAAUUACUUAAUCAAAUAAGCCCCAGUCACAUACAAUAUAACUCGUACAGGAAUAGCGUGGUGGGUGUACGCUACAGAUCAUUCUGUCAGAGUUAUUGGUGAUACACUAUGUACUUAACUGUUAGAAUAUUAUUUAUUUUAAAAAUACGAAAAUACCUUUUAAUUGCAUGACUUAGUUAUAAGUUGUUAUUAUUUUUUUUUAUGUUAUAAAUAAAAAUGUAUUUUUACAUCAGACAUGAUAAAUAAUUUAUAUUUUAAUUAAAUUAUUUAAAUUUUAAUUACUUAUAUUUAAAAUUUAAAAAUGCGAUUGGUUUCCCAAGUAUAAUUAGGUUUUUAUGAUUUUUUUUUAUUUAAAUUAAUAUAUAACGUUCAUAGUGAGCCUGUCGCGGUUUCUUUAUAUUUUUUAUUAAAAUAAAAUAAUUAUUAAUAACUGAAAAUUAGUCCUAUACUUAAGAUUCCUCAAAACAUUUUAUAUGAAAGAACAUAGUUUUAUAAUGUAACCAAGUACAAUUUACUAUGUUUGUAUUAUGUAUUAAAGUCUCAGACCAAUUACAAAUGGACCAGUAUCCCCUAAUUCACCAACAAAAUGGGGAUGAUGACUAGGUUUGAAUAUAUUGAUUUUUAUUUUACAUUCGGGUAAAUAAGGUCAAUGUUAACUAAUUUAUACAUAAAAAGCAAAGAUUGUCUGGAUAUUUGCAAAAUAAAUAAGAUUAUAAAAUUUCAAAUCUAUUAAAAAUCUUUUAUCGUAAUUAGAUGAAAAUUUAUACAGUUUUAGCUUCCUUACAUUAAAUGUGACAUUUUUUAAUGUGAACUAUAAACAAAUAACAAAGAUAUUAUUAAUUAUGUUUGAACGGUCAUAUAAAUCUAACAAUCAUUAUGUACCUACGACGUCAUUAAAUCGUAUCAUUUUGUAUGGGGCGUCUUUUAGGGAUCCGCGGCAGCGCCGCAAAUCUGACCCUUUAAAUCGCUGUAGCUCCGAAAGUAAUGAUCGCAGAUACCCUGUUACUUUUACAAAAUUGCUUUACUAUUAGCAUACUCUUAAUUUAUAUACAAUUUAAAAACUGUCAUCAUCCCUAUUGUCAUUUUUGAGGGGGACGAGGUAAACUCACACAUCCAAAAUAUUUAACACCAAUAAUAUAAACUGUGUCUAAAUCGUAAUACACACACAAUUUUAACACAAUAAAAAAUCGAUUUUUAUGUACACAUGAUCAUGAUCAUAUAGUUUUGACAGAGGGGUAACCUCUAGCGAGGCAGGUCCUAUACAAGGUAAUGGUCUGAGUAAUUGAUAGAUAAGAAAACACACAGGAGUCGGGGCGGAGGUGGGCGGGGAGCUGCCUAUGAUUAAAAAAAAAAUUCAAACAAUUUUAGCUACAAUAUUCAUCAACUUACUGAACUGAUUUUAAUGCAGUUUUCAGCAAUAGUUGGAGUGAUUCAAUAGGAAGGUUUAUAUGUAUAAAAAGUACAUUUUUUUUUUCGUUUAUUUUUUUUUAAUGAAUAAGAAUACAAUAAGAAAAUUAAGCUUACAUAAUUAUAUAUUAUACAGAAAUAUAUCAGGGAUUUAAAAAUCAGAGACAUUCUGUGCUACCACUGCUAUACUUCGUCACUUAAUAUGAAAUUUGCCUGGUGGGAGGCUUCGGCCGUGCCUAGUAACCACCCUACCGGCCAUGACGUACCGCCAAGUGAUUUAGCGUUCCGGUGCGAUGCUGUGUAGAAACCGAAAGGGGUGUGGAUUUUCAUUCUCCUCCUAACAAGUUAGCCCGAUUCCAUCUUAGACUGCAUCAUCACUUACCAUCAGGUGAGAUUGUAGUCAAGGGCUAACUUGUAAAGAAUAAUAAUAAAAAAAAAUAUUAAAUUAUUAUGGCAUUUCGUUGAAAUAAUUGUUUGCAAAAACGAAAAAUAACAAAAAUAUGAAGAACAAAGUACUUCACAAAAUAAACAAUACCAGCCAAAUGACAAAAAAUAACUAGGAUUUAAAAAGGCGGCCUUAUCGCUGCAUAGCGAUCUCUUCAAGGCAACCUUAAGUUUAGAAAAAAAAAAAGUUAAAUGUCACUUUAUAGGUUAAUUUUUACCUGCCUCGUAUCCUCCCCUGACUAUUGUGUGUUUAACGCUUGAAAUAUAUUUAAAUGUAUUAUUAUAUGUAUACUUAAAUACAAAAAUUGGCCUUAAACCCCUUAAAAGGUAGAUAAGUUUGUAACCUUAUGUAUAUAUAUAUAUAUAUAUUUUAAAUAUUCGCGAAACCCUUACUGUGUGCUCGACAAAGCAGUAACGCAAUACCUUCACUUUGGCCAACAUUGUGGCAAAUAUAAUUGUUGUCUUUGAAACGCUUGCAAUACAAGAUAGCCAACGCAAUGGCGUAUUACUGGCCAACUCCGCAAUACAAGAUAGCGUAUUGGCGUAUUACUGGCCAACUCCGCAAUACAAGAUAGCGUAUUGGCGUAUUACUGGCCAACUCCGCAAUACAAGAUAGCGUAUUGGCGUAUUACUGGCCAACUCCGCAAUACAAGAUAGCCAACGCAAUGGCGUAUUACUGGCCAACUCCGCAAUACAAGAUAGCGUAUUGGCGUAUUACUGGCCAACUCCGCAAUACAAGAUAGCGUAUUAGCGUAUUACUGGCCAACUCCGUAAUACAAGAUAGCGUAUUGGCGUAUUACUGGCCAACUCCGCAAUACAAGAUAGCGUAUUGGCGUAUUACUGGCCAACUCCGGAAUACAAGAUAGCGUAUUGGCAUAUUACUGGCCAACUCCGCAAUACAAGAUAGCAUAUUGGCGUAUUACUGGCCAACUCCGCAAUACAAGAUAGCGUAUUGGCGUAUUACUGGCCAACUCCGCAAUACAAGAUAGCGUAUUGGCGUAUUACUGGCCAAUGUUCUAACGUCAAGAGCUGUAGAAGAAACAACCACAAUAUUCGACGCAUUGUUGGUCAACGGUCAAUAGCUUAUUGGCCAACAUAUAGAGGGUGUAUAAAACAGCUGCCGGAUACGGUGUGUAUAUCUAUCUAUUAUAGUGGAAAUGUUUGUUUGUAUGUAUGUAUAGUCGGAUGAAGACGUUUCCAGACAUCGUGCGUUUAGCUGCGCACUAACAUAUUAGGUAUCACCGGUAACGUAGGGGCGCGGCGGCGGGGCAUCAAACCGCGCUCUCUCUAGUCUCGAUUUAUCCGACUAUACCUUUGCUUAAAGGGGUUGUUUGCAGAAACUAUCUAAUAGAUUGUGUAUUGUAGACAGACUCAUGAUGAGUGACUUAGGCUUACUUUAAAUGGGCCUUUUCAAGCGGAAAAAGUCGCAGAUGUCUGCUAGUUUAGAAAAUGAAAUUCUUGGGUACAGUCAUCCGUCGUAAGCUGAUAUACAUAUACAGUGUGUCCCGUAUAUAUUUCGACAUACUCUACAGGGUGAUAGCUGACAUUAACUUUUUGGCUGGUGGGAGGCUUCGGCCGUGGCUAGUUACCACCCUACCGACAAAGACGUACCGCCAAGCGAUUGAGCGUUCCGGUACGAUGCCGUGUAGAAACCGAAAGGGGUGUGGAUUUUCAUCCUCCUCCUAACAAGUUAGCCCGCUUCCAUCUUAGACUGCAUCAUCACUUACCAUCAGAGAUUGUAGUCAAGGGCUAACUUGUAAAGAAUUAAAAAAAAAAACCGUAAAAUUUCGGCCAACAUAUAUAUUGCGUUAUUGUAAUAGGCCUUGUUAACUAUCGUCCUGUAGAGUAUGUUGUAUUUACGGGACACCCUGUAAUAUACAUUAAUACUUGACUGUAUAUUUGUUUGUUUUAAAUUAAUUAAUAAUUAGCAGAAGUAUCUGAAAUUGUUUUAAAUAGUUUUCUUUUUUACAUAAAUGAAAAAUAAUUUAAUUUAAAUUAAUUUUUCAAUAAAUAUACAGUCAAUAUUUUUAACAUAUAUAGAUAUCUCUAUCUAGCAUAAGAAAUAUACAAGGAAUUAGAAAGGGACGCACUGUUUUAUAGAUAUUAACACUGCACGUAGUUUUACAUGUCUAUAUUUUAAUUGUUAGACAAAUAAAUUAAUAAGUAUUGAAAAAAGAAACAAAGCCAAAAACAUUGUACGUAAUACCUCCACUAUGAUUUAUUAUAUAAAUAUUAAUAAUAAUAAUAAUAAUAAACUAUAGAUCGCGAAAAAUCAGAUCCAUAAAUAUAUACAGGGUGCUCGAGAGUAUUUUCCAUAAUUCUAGGGUUAUAUUCUUUAUGGAAAAUUAAUUAAUAUUUUCGUAGUAAAAAAAAUCUUUUGUAAAUAGAUCUUAAAAUGUGUCCCUUAUCGCAUCCCUAUAUUAUGACCUAGUAAAAAUUAUUCAUUUUUGAAUAUCAUGAAGUAGCUUACUAGUGAAAUGCGGAAGUAAAAAAAAAAAUAUUUUGUAAAUAGAUCUUAAAUUGUGUUCCUUAUAUCGCAUCCCUAUAUUAUGACCUAGUCAAAUUUAUUCAUUGAUAAAUAUUAUGAAGUAGCUUACUAGUGAAAUGCGGAAGUAAAAAAAAAAUAUUUUGUAAAUAGAUCUUAAAUUGUGUCCCUUAUAUCGCAUCCUUAUAUUAUGACCUAGCCGAUAGCCUUAGUCAUUGAUAAAUAUCAUGAAGUAGCUUACUAGUGAAGUUGUGCCAGUUGCAAUAUCUCGUCGAUAUCGACAGUCUUACCACUACGAUUACGUAUUUUUAAAUGCAAGGAUAGAUAAAGGCGUGUGUUACAUGUAUGGUCGGAAUUAUUUGAAUUACUUUGUAUAAAAAAAAACAUGAAGUUUUUUUUUUAAUUAAAAAAAAAAUAAGCAGUUCGGCUCCUAUAAGUCGACUUGACAACCCCUUGAAGUUAUGGGAUAUUCUCCCGAGCAUCCUGUAUAUAAAGAACGAUGGACAAGAAUAUAUCCUUUUUUUUAUUUUUAUUUCCGUAAAAAAAAAAGAAAAUUUCUAUCACAAACAAUACUCGUCUAUAACUUUAAAAAAAAUAUAUAGAAAAAUUACAACAUAAUAUACAAAUUAAAUUUAAUUUUGAAUUUAGUGUAAAACAUAAAAACCAAAAUAAACGGCCUAUUUAUUAAAUAAAAUACUAUUACAUAAUAAUCACAAGGACAAUAAUGUUAAUCAUAUAAAAAAUUCUUGCGUUUUUUCUUUUUUUGCUUUUGUGGACUAAGGGACACUUACCAUCAGGUGAACCAUCUGCCUGUUAUAUUCAGCCAUUUGUAUAAUAAAAUAUGCUAAUUCGAGCAUUAGUAUAGACAGACAUAAGCAAGGAAAAUCCUUAAAUAGAAAAUUGUGAUUUAAUUAGAUCUGUUUUUUUUAGUUUAUAUAUACAGUAUAGCUUGGCACGUCCGUUGACUCUCAUGGUAUGCGGGCGACGGGGAGGGCAGGACUGCGCGGGUGUGACGUCGUGCGCGCGUGGCUGAGGCUGGAAGUGGGGCGCAUCAGUUGUGAUUUUAUCUGUCAUCGCUACCCGCCUCCCGACCCCCGCGAACCAUCGAGAGUAUUACGAACUAAUUUGCCAUGCUAUAGUGUUGUGUUGGUGAUUUUGUAGAUUAAAAAAUACUACUUAAUAUAUGGUUUACGAUCUGAUCAGAGAAAUUGCAAAGAAAUGGUUAGUGAAAUUAAAAGAAAAUGGUUAUGGAAAUCGAAAAGAAAUGGUUAGGGACAUGGUCAAGGAAAUUUUUCUCAAAUUAGUAAAGCCGUUUACAUUUUAUAGAUUAUUUUAUGACUAAUUAAUAAUAGGUACAUAUUUUUUAUUAUUAUAACUUAUUUUUAGUAUAUUUUCUCUUAUAGAUAUUCCAAUGCGCCAAUGUAAUACAAUUAAGUCCGCGAACCGGGUGUAGCGUUUUUUUUAACGCAGCGUUUUCCGCUUGCCAUUAUUUAGUGAACACGUAGAACGGGCAGCGAAUAUUUUAAAUUAUUUACAAUGUACUUAUUACCUAUUCACUUUAAUUUAAACCAAAAAUCCGACUACUGAGUCGAGAGGUCGUGAGCUAAUUGCUAGUGCAAAGCUAAUUGCUAAUUGCUAGUGCAAAUAAUAGUAUUUUUCGUUACAAGAAUAGUCCCAUUGUUCAACAGAUGGAUGGUUUCAUAACUAAACAUCAAAUAAAUUAAUUGAAAAAAUUUAGGUAUUUUAUGGAACUUGAAAAAAAAAAUGAUAUUCAUAUCCUUUUUUUAUUAUAAGUACUUAUAUUUUUUGCACUUCUAGCAUUUUUAACACUAUAUCAAGUCGGUCAAACGGAUUAAUACGCUAUGUAAAAUCUGCUUUCAUAAUAUAGUAAAAUGUUUGUCAAAAGUAUUUUUAAUAUAUAUUUCCAAACAGUUUAAAAAUUGUAAAGCCAAACCAUAAUACAAUGCUCUAGUACGUACGGUAUACGAUGAGGGUACGAUGAGGAUCUAAUUAUUGUAUUGGUUCGAAGUUUUUUAAUAAACGUUUGCCCGCUCUGUGUGUUCACAGCUUUAUGUGAGCAUUUAUUGUGUUGUUGUGUUGUUAAUAAUUGUGAUUUUAUAUGAAAAUCGAAUAUUAAUUGUAAGAAUCAAUAAUAAUGUACGCCGUUUUAUUUGUUUAUAAUAAACACCGUUAGCAUA